AUGGCUCGACCCGAGCUAGACCCGACCUCGGUGCCGCCGCCAUUCGUCGUGGAUCCAACCUCAGCACACACGCACAGCCUUAUCCUCCUCCACGGCGUCGGAUCCAACGGGGAGAAGUUCGGCAGGGAACUCCUCGACACCGGCGCAACCUCGGACGGCUUGACGCUCACGCAGUUCCUACCAAACGCGAGAUUUAUCUUCCCCACCUCUCGCCGCCACCGCUCGACCGCCUUCGGCCGGUCGGUGCUGACGCAAUGGUUUGACAUCGCACGCCUGUCGGACUCUUCCCACCGCAAGGAGCUGCAGUUACAGGGCCUUGCCGAGUCCGCUCGGGAUAUUCUGGAGCUCCUUCGGCCGGAGCAGGAGAUGAGCAAGAUCCCCCGAGCAAACAUUGUUCUCGGCGGGCUGAGCCAAGGGUGCGCCACGUCUCUGUCGGUCCUGCUAUGUUUGGAUUACUGCAUUGGCGGCUUCGUCGGCAUCAGCGGCUUCCUUCCUUUCCGCGACGAUAUCGACGAGGCGGUCGAGGAGGCUGUCGUCGACGAGGAUGAUCCUUUCUCAGGGGGCGACGACGGGGAGCACCAGGAUCCGGCUAAACCCGACCGCGAGAGCACAGCUCAGUCGACGCCAAUCUUCCUCGGCCACGGCAGUGCCGACGAAAAGGUGCCGUGCUCGCUGGGCGAGGCCAUGGCUGCGACUCUGGAGAAAGCGGACUACAAAGUCGAGUUGAAGGUGUGUCAUGGCCUGGGGCAUUGGUACAAAAUGCCGGACGAAAUUGAUGACAUUGUGGAAUUCCUCCGCUCCGUGGUUGGUUGGAAAGUAUUAUCUGGGGACCGCGAAAUCGACAGCGAUUACAAGGGUCCGUCAUCUACCAUUUGACAAGGGGUUUUCGGCACUUGGUCGAUUUGCAAGACAGUCCCCCUCUACCAUAUAAUCUCGUGGCGUCCCAGAUAACCGCCAUCUCCUUUCUGUAAGGCUUGAUGAUUUUCUCCAGAGCCCUGUCCUUUAUCCAUCCGCUCUCCCAGUUGGGUCGCCUCAUGGUCUGCUGUUUGGAAGUGUCAUAGUCGAGGUUAGUAGUCUACCCCGCCGGAUGAUGCUCUCUCUGUUCAUUCAAAGGCGAGGAGGGUUCCAAGGUUGGUCUAUGCUGAGUCGUGUUUAUAUGUAAUCUGUUAUGUCUAGGUAUGCACCUCCAUCAAAAAUGCCCUCGUCCCAAAACGCCGGUCAACUACCUACCCUACUAUCUUAGCUUACACAUUCGGUGACAGGAGAUCGUAUUUCACACAACGCUCAACCUGUAAUUAGAU